UGAUUUUGGGGGUACUUGCUUGUUUUUACUUGGAAAUUGAGGUCAUCCUUCUUUUUUUAAUUAGGUGACAUCCAAAGUUUCAUUUUUUCAAUAGAAUCUUGAUGGUUUAUGAUAAUAUGCCAAGGUUAUGUCUCGAAUCAUGAAGUGGGUUGUUGAAAGAUAUUCAUUUUCAAAGUUUUAUUUGAUCACAUUGAUCUUCCUCUGCAAUUAAAAGCAGCAUUUUUGUUUAUCCGUUACAAGUUUAGUUUUUGGUGGUUGGAGUUUGCACUGUGGCAUGUAUAUGUAGUAAGGAUUUCUUUUCUGGUUAGAAAAUAAUUGAGUUGAACGAAUUGGUAAUGGAUCAAGCUGCAAGUGAGGGGAGUGUUGAGGUAAUGGAUCCUGUUCAUGAAAGAGUUGAUGAUAAUUUGAGUCAUGAACCUGAUGGGGCUGCAAUUGAUGCAGUAGGUAGGGGUAGCUUGGGUGAGAGAGCCAUUAUAAGUGGAGAAGUUGGAACUUCAGAACAAAAGGGUAAGGAUUUGGGAUCAGAUAAGGAGUUAAAGGAGGAACCUGAGGAAGUUGAGAGUGGGAAGAAGUGUGAUCACCAAAAAAACAGUGAAACAAUGUCUGAGGUUGAUCAAGGAACUAGUUAUAAUUCAAGCAAUUUGGUUAAUCAGCAAGUGGUUGAAACUGUGGUUGUAAUAGAGGCUGUUCAGAGUGAGUGUGUUAAUAGGGACAGUAUGAAAUUGGAGCUGAAGGUAAAUGAAUCAGGGUUGAGCAAAGUAUCUGUGAGAGCCCCCAAAGGGGUUUCUGAAAUGACAGAUAAGAAUUCUUGUGUGAUUGAUAUAAGGUGCACCAACCACAAACGGUUUAGUGAGAGUUCAGAAGGUGAAAGGAUUUGUAGGAUUUGCCACCUUGCUUCUGGGAGACCAUCAGAUGCAACAGCCGUUGGAACUGCCAAUGGUGCUACUAGUACUGAUUUGAUUCAGCUUGGUUGUUCAUGUAAGGAUGAGCUUGGCAUUGCGCAUGUUCAUUGUGCUGAGGCCUGGUUCAAGCUUAAAGGAAACAGAUUAUGUGAAAUAUGUGGCGAGAUUGCGAAAAACGUGUCGGGUGUUGCUGAUGCUGGAUUCAUGGAAGAGUGGAACGAAGGGAGAUUCAUGGACCAAGAUAACUCAUCACGCAGGUUUGGUGGAUGUUGGCGAGGACAGCCAUUUUGUAACUUCUUGAUGGCAUGCCUUGUAAUUGCUUUUGUUCUUCCAUGGUUUUUUCGUGUAAAUAUGUUCUAGCUACGGAUUCAAUCACUGUUCUUCCCUUCCAUUCUUCAUUACACGCAUACAUAUUGAGUGUUUUAUUGGUUCCUGGCCUAAAAAAACGGUUGCUGAAGCUUAUACAUAUAAAAGAAGUUGCCAACUUCACAGGUUACUGAAA